UCCCCGCUCCCCUCUCUCGCUCGGGUUUCACCCAGGGCUGCAGGUAGUGAGCCGCCCCGCCGUGUCCCCGCCCCUGCUGCCCACCCCUCCCGGCUCCGGGCGCGGUGGAGGAUGAAGCGGCGGCCGCGGCUCGGUGGCAGGCAGCGGCCCCGGCGGCGGUGGCUGCGGCGGGGGCGGCCGGAACUCGGGUGGUGAAGGAGCGGCGGGCGGCUGAGGGAGCGGCGGCGGCUGAGGGGAGCGGCAGCCGCCCCGGCCGCUUCCCCCUGGGCUUCCCUUCCUCUUGGGCGCAGCCAGGAAGUUUUCCGCUUGUGUGCGUGUGUGUGUGCGCGAGCGUGAGUGAGUGUGUGUGAGGUGAGGCCGGGGCCGGCGUUGGUGCCGGCGUCGGGCUCUUUUUGCCCACUCGGCGCUCCGUAACGCCAGGCGCCUCCCGAGCCGGGGCUGUGGCCCGAGGAGGGGGCGCGGCGGCGGGCUCCGUCCUUUUGUUGUUGUUUCCUCCGCCUGGGGAGCUCGAGGGGGGCCGCGCCUGGGUGGGGCGGCUCGGAGCCCGGGCCUGCCGGCCCCCGGGGCUCCCGGGCGGGCUGGGAGGGCUGAGCGGAGCGGGCUUCAACAUGAUGGCCGCCGAGGCCGGCGGUGAGGAGGGCGGCCCCGCGGUGGCUGCGGGAGCCGGAGGCGGCGCGGCGGCGGGCUCCGCUGCCUUCCCGGUGGUGUGCCGGGUCAAGAUGCCGGUGGCCGCCGCCGCCGCCCCCUACCCCGGGCCGCUGGAGGCCGGCGUGGCCGCCCUGGGCUCGGGCUUCUUAGGCGGCGGGGCUCUGGGGGGAGCGGGGCUGACAGGGGGAGGCGCCGCCGCGGGAGACGUGGCCUUCGGCAAGGGGACCCCCGCACCCCCUGCCGCCGCCGAGACCCUCGGGCCGGGCGGCGGCUUCCCUCCGCUGCCGCCGCCGCCGCCGCCCCAGCUGCCCCCUCUGGGCGCGGGUCUGGGCACCGUGGACGAAGGUGAUUCUCUGGAUGGACCAGAAUACGAGGAGGAAGAGGUGGCCAUCCCGCUGACCGCUCCUCCGACGAACCAGUGGUAUCAUGGAAAACUUGAUAGAACCAUAGCAGAAGAGCGCCUCAGGCAGGCAGGGAAGUCUGGCAGCUACCUUAUAAGAGAGAGCGAUCGGAGGCCGGGCUCCUUUGUGCUUUCGUUCCUUAGCCAGACCAACGUCGUUAAUCACUUUAGGAUUAUUGCUAUGUGUGGAGAUUAUUACAUCGGUGGAAGGCGUUUUUCUUCAUUGUCAGAUCUAAUAGGUUAUUACAGUCAUGUUUCUUGUUUACUUAAAGGAGAAAAAUUACUUUAUCCAGUUGCACCACCAGAGCCAGUGGAAGAUAGAAGGCGUGUGCGAGCCAUUCUGCCUUAUACAAAAGUACCCGACACUGAUGAAAUAAGUUUCUUAAAAGGAGAUAUGUUCAUUGUUCAUAAUGAAUUAGAAGAUGGAUGGAUGUGGGUAACAAAUCUAAGAACAGAUGAGCAAGGCCUUAUCGUUGAAGACUUAGUCGAAGAAGUGGGUCGAGAAGAAGAUCCACAUGAAGGCAAAAUAUGGUUCCACGGGAAGAUUUCCAAACAAGAAGCUUAUAAUUUACUAAUGACAGUUGGCCAAGUCUGCAGUUUUCUUGUGAGGCCCUCAGAUAAUACUCCUGGGGAUUAUUCACUUUAUUUUCGGACCAAUGAAAACAUUCAACGAUUUAAAAUAUGCCCAACACCAAAUAAUCAGUUUAUGAUGGGAGGUCGAUAUUACAACAGCAUUGGGGACAUCAUAGAUCAUUAUCGAAAAGAACAGAUUGUUGAAGGGUAUUAUCUAAAGGACCCUGUGCCAAUGCAGGAUCAAGAGCAAGUACUCAACGAUUCAGUUGAUGGCAAGGAAAUCUAUAACACAAUUCGUCGUAAAACAAAAGAUGCCUUUUAUAAAAAUAUUGUUAAGAAGGGUUACCUUCUGAAAAAGGGAAAAGGAAAACGUUGGAAAAAUUUAUAUUUUAUUUUAGAGGGCAGUGAUGCCCAACUUAUUUAUUUUGAAAGUGAAAAGCGAGCUACAAAACCAAAAGGAUUAAUAGACCUCAGUGUAUGUUCGGUCUAUGUUGUUCAUGAUAGUCUCUUCGGAAGGCCAAACUGUUUUCAGAUAGUGGUUCAGCACUUUAGUGAAGAACAUUACAUAUUUUACUUUGCAGGAGAAACUCCAGAACAAGCUGAGGACUGGAUGAAAGGUCUGCAGGCAUUUUGCAAUUUACGAAAAAGUAGUCCAGGAGCAUCUAAUAAACGUCUUCGUCAGGUCAGCAGUCUUGUUUUACAUAUCGAAGAGGCCCAUAAACUCCCAGUAAAACACUUUACUAAUCCAUAUUGUAACAUCUAUCUGAAUAGUGUGCAAGUAGCAAAAACUCAUGCGAGGGAAGGACAAAACCCAGUGUGGUCAGAGGAGUUUGUGUUUGAUGAUCUUCCUCCUGACAUCAAUAGGUUUGAAAUAACUCUUAGUAAUAAGACAAAGAAAAGCAAAGACCCCGAUAUAUUAUUUAUGCGUUGCCAGUUAAGCCGGUUACAGAAAGGGCAUGCCACCGAUGAAUGGUUUUUGCUCAGCUCCCAUAUACCGUUAAAGGGUAUUGAACCAGGAUCUCUGCGUGUUCGAGCACGAUAUUCUAUGGAAAAAAUCAUGCCAGAAGAAGAAUACAGUGAAUUUAAGGAGCUUAUACUGCAGAAGGAGCUUCAUGUAGUCUAUGCAUUAUCGCAUGUAUGUGGACAAGACCGAACACUACUGGCUAGCAUCUUACUGAAAAUUUUUCUUCAUGAAAAGCUUGAAUCGUUGUUGUUGUGUACACUAAACGACAGAGAAAUAAGCAUGGAAGAUGAAGCCACUACCCUGUUCCGAGCCACGACACUUGCAAGCACCUUGAUGGAGCAAUAUAUGAAAGCCACAGCUACACAGUUUGUUCAUCAUGCUUUGAAAGAUUCCAUUUUAAAAAUAAUGGAAAGCAAACAGUCUUGUGAGUUAAGCCCAUCCAAGUUAGAGAAGAAUGAAGACGUGAACACUAAUUUAGCGCACCUACUGAACAUUCUCUCAGAGCUUGUGGAGAAGAUAUUCAUGGCUUCAGAAAUACUCCCACCGACACUGAGAUAUAUUUAUGGGUGUUUACAGAAAUCUGUUCAGCACAAGUGGCCUACAAACACCACCAUGAGGACCAGAGUUGUGAGUGGUUUUGUGUUCCUGCGGCUUAUCUGUCCUGCCAUCCUGAAUCCUCGCAUGUUUAAUAUCAUCUCAGAUUCGCCGUCUCCCAUUGCUGCAAGAACACUGACGUUAGUGGCCAAGUCUGUGCAGAAUUUAGCAAAUCUUGUGGAAUUUGGAGCUAAGGAGCCAUACAUGGAAGGUGUCAAUCCCUUCAUCAAAAGCAACAAGCACCGAAUGAUCAUGUUUUUAGAUGAACUUGGGAAUGUACCGGAGCUUCCAGACACUACAGAGCAUUCUAGAACUGACCUGUCCCGUGAUCUAGCAGCCUUGCAUGAGAUUUGUGUGGCUCACUCGGAUGAACUGCGAACACUCAGUAAUGAACGUGGCGUGCAGCAGCAUGUACUGAAAAAGCUCCUGGCUAUAACAGAACUCCUUCAACAGAAACAAAACCAGUACACAAAAACCAAUGACAUCAGGUAGCAGCCUCCACACCGUGUUCUGCAUGGAUCCAGCAUGCCCAUUCACAUCAGUAUGACAUCUCCUUUGCUCUUGCCAAAAAAUAGCACACCUUUCCACAUUCCAGUGAUGUGUGAACUAUGCAAACAGAACUCAAGACGCUGGUAAGGGUGCCAGCAACUCGGUCAGCUGUCUGUGCAGGGAGUUAGACUUGUUCCAUAUGGAAUCUGUUUACCAGCCUCAGCCUUGGUGUGCAGACGACCUUUCAGGAAACAAGAUGCUAGGACUACCGGGAACUCUGAAAAUCUAUUUUCAGUACAUCAAAUUGCCAAAGUUCUGCUGUCUCUUGGAGAAAGAACUAUGGACUCAGCUGACCAGAUGAAGCCUCCGCAGGGACAAGUGAGGGUAACCGGACCUCAGACUGUCCCUCCUGAUGAGGACGAGGACCAUCUGACUGUUCAACGACUAUUUGUAUUUAGUUUCCAGACUUUGUCAUUAUAAUAGGAACAAUCUUUACUGUAUACUUUUUUAAAAUACUGUGCUAUUUCUCUUGCUGAAACUGUUGAAAGAAAAUAUAUAAGAAUGGAUCUAUUUCAUCAGCUUUAUUUUUUAAACAUACCACAUAUUUUGUUGGAAUUGUCAAAUGCUUUUGUUAAAUGUUUACAACCGUAAAUAAUUUGAAUUCAAUAAAUAUUAUUGGUCAUUGUA